AUGUCUCACGAAUCAGUCUUUCAUUCCCGCCCCCGUACGUUUGGAAAAGGAUCCCGCGAGUGCCGAGUUUGCACCAACAAAGACGGUCUCAUCCGCAAGUAUGGGCUUAACCUUUGCCGCCAAUGCUUCCGUCAGUAUUCGAGUGAUAUUGGCUUCAUGAAGGUACCUUUGUUACGUUUUUAUGCUGUAGUAUCGCUAAACCGCCAAACAAUAAAUUUAUACUGA